ACGUAAUUGUAAGUGACUCUGCAGCUGAUGCAUAGUUCACACACCCUAGUGUCUGUAAGUCGCCUUGGAUAAAGACGUCUGCUAAAUAAACAAAUAAUAAUACGGUAAACAUUGUUAGCGGCACCUGCUGUACGUGUAUUGUACAUGUUCUUGUGCAAAACCCUUGAAAGCAUUCUCUCACUAAGAUUUUCUUCAGUUAAUAUUCAUUUAUUUCUUUUUUGACUCCGUAGUCAGCUAUGAGUAAAUCAGUUAAAGAAGUGUUCUUGUCAAGGGGACUGGAUUUUCCCAAAUUCGACACUGUUGAUUCAGAGUCUGCUGACUAUGAAGAGCGCCACUAUGAGGCAGCAAAGUGGGUGAGCACUGUUGUCACAGCAAAUGAAGAGAAUGAAGCAGCCAAGAAAGGCUUCUGGAAACUAUUUAACUAUAUACAAGGGAAGAAUGAAAAAGGGACUAAAAUCGAGAUGACCAUUCCUGUUCUAAAACUGGUAACACAUGGAAGCACCAGCUACACGGUUUCUUUUUUUGUCCCAUUUCUGCACCAGAGCAGCCCCCUCGCCCCCUCUGAAGAGGAAGUCAUCAUUGAGGAGAAGGGGGAGAUGACGGUGUUUGUCAGGUGUUUUGGGGGCUUUGUCAGAGGGGAUAAGAACUCAGGGGAGGCCAGACUACUGGCAGAGAGCCUGAAACGAGACGGGAAGUCAUUCCAAGAAGACUUCUAUUACACCGCUGGUUACGACAGCCCCUUCAAACUGCUCAACAGGCACAAUGAAGUGUGGUACCUGAAGAAAAACUGAGGGGUUAUCUGAUGCACCAGUCCUCCCACCUACCUCGAGAGGAUGCCAAAUCCCAGCAUCGUUCUACAUCGUUCUGAAACAGGACCCUGUUCAUAAAUCUUUUAAAAAGUCCUUAAAGUUUUGUGAGCAUUUUGCCUGCACAGAGAGCUUAUGUUCUUGGAAGUUGAAGGGUGAUGGGGAGGACUGAAGUUGCCUGUUCCUCUCCCAAACUCCCAACUCUGCACUGUGAGGGCAAUUAUAAAAGCUUUUUUUUUUUACUGAAAUGCUAUUUGUUAUAUGAUUGUAAAGUAAAAUGCUUUCCCCUAGGCCUUUUAAAGGUUCUAAAACAUAGUGUCAUUUAGAAUGAUGACAAUUAUGCACUGUGUCCAUUGGUUUCACAUGCUCUACAUGGUGAAAAUAAUACCUGUCUUGAAUAAUUACAUUAAUAUAGCAGCCUAGCCUCAAAUUGUCAGAUUGCCUUUAGAUUAAUAAAGUAUGUUUGUGCAAUUGUAUACUUUUAAGAAGGAUGUCACAAAAGCUGACCAGCAGCCAAUAUCUGGCAAUGCCUAAAAUACUUUAACACACUACAACAAUACAACAAGUAAACAUUUGUGUUGCUUUUUUUAGAAAUUACACAUAAAAACGAGUUACUAACUGAAUGUACUAAUAGUUUACUUAUGUGUUUAAAAAAUGAGUUGUGAUAUGUAUUGUUGCAUUAAUAUCUAUAAUUAAUUCAGUUGAGCCGAUUUUUUAAAGGCAGUUUUCUUUUGAACACUGAUAUUAGCUAUUCCAUUGGGAUUCAUGAGUUUGUGGUCAUGACUGAGCUUUGCCUAAGCACUGCCAAAAGGCACGUUUUACAAACUAACCACAUUUAGGAAAAACCAUUGUUUCAGCUUUGUAAAGUGAAUGUUUCUUUUGUUCUUUUUUUUAUUUGCCCUGCUUCUUUUUCACAACAUAACUAAAGCUCUUUUUUUCAUUUUGUUAUUAAAUAAACAAAUUAUGUUUAAAAUAUAUGGUGCUGUGUAACAAACUAACGGUUACAGUACUUGUGCUGUGUUUUUAUGCCUUGGCAAAAUGUACAUUUUUGUCCUUUUUGUGUACCCCCCCAAAAUAGCUUUUGUACUCUGAAUUGAUUGGAAUUAAAGGUUUGGUAAUAAACAACCUUGAGACAACUUAGAACAAACCUAUUAAUUAUUUGUUUUUGAAUGCUUACGUUGAUGGAAAAAGAAUGAAUAAAAGUGUCCCGAUUCUAAUUAA